AUGGAGGCCUCCGCGGGCGACAGGGAGCAGCAAGCUAAGAAGUAUUUGGAAAAACAUCGGAUCAUGGAGCUGCUGCACUAUGUCACUAGCAUCCUCCUCUUUAUCCGGCCGAAAAAUCCAAGAGAAUAUUUAAUCUCUCUGUUGGAACGUCUGAGAAUUGCUAAGUUAACAGACGUAGCUAUUCCUUUCUUUAUGGAUAACUCUAACAUUGUGGCUAUGUUUGAGAUGAUGGACUCCUCAGGCAAAGGCACAAUAUCAUUUGUGCAGUACAAAGAAGCUCUAAAAACCCUGGGUCUGAGUGCUGCAGAUGAAGUUUUAAAUGAUGAUGGACAUUUAGUAACACUGGAGAAAUUCAGGAAUGAAGUGUACAAGAGGACAAACGAAAUAUGAUGUAUACAUCAAGCUUCUCUACAAGCAUUUGCCAGAAAAUUUUAAAUAAGGAGAAGCAAAGCUGCUGCUCCAACUGAAGCAAACGGUCUCGUAAUAUAAGCAAUAAUGGGCAAGCCGAACUGGACAGGGACAUCACUGCCUGUUCUGACUGAGAUGGCAAGGACAACCACCUGGGGAAAAAAAACAUUAAUUUUUACUUUAAAAAUUUUCAUCAAGUUUUGUGUUUUCAAGUUUUAACAAAUUGUUUUAAAUUUUGGGGAAAUAUACUGUCCUGGGAGUUUUAAAUAAGAAAAAUGUACAGUCUAAUAUUAAAAGAUCUACCAAAAA